AUGUGUGGCAUUUCAAUGGAGAGACGUCUUUCAGUCCUCCACACAACGGGGUCUCAGUUUUUAGGGUGUGAGUAUUCAGACCCCAUUGAGAAGGGCUCAGAUUGGGGAUUUAAGCUCUGGGCUCUGCACUACAUUUCCCACGAUGCCGUCCUUUGUGGCACGUCCAGGAUCUUUCGCGGUUUUCUGUGGCUGCGAUGGCAGAGGACAGAUUUACAGCCUGCCUAUGGAAAUCAGGCUCAUUGUCUGGAGACGGAGCUGAUGUGUGGCACUCCGCCGGCUGUCGAUAACACCUAUCUAGUGGGCCGCAGACGCUCACACUACGACAUCCACGCGGUGGUUCAGUACCAGUGCGCCGACGGCUUCUUCCAGAGACACAUCCCGACUGUCCGCUGCCGACCCAACGGGACCUGGGAAAGACCCAAGAUCAUCUGCACUAAAUCGCGGCGAUCUCACCAUUACCGUCGGCAACACCACAGAUCUCGGCGCGAGCAUCGACGACACCGGAGACACGGAUCUGGGCACAGGGGGCGGGAUUAAGCCACGGGGGUGGAGCUAAAAUGCAGGGGCCGUGACCUCUGACCCCGUGGCCUGUGUUCCCCUUUAGUCCAUGAGGAAUCGCUAUAGACGGAAUGGACAGAAAUAAUGGUUCUUUUUUACCGCUGUUAUUUAGGUUUUAUUAACCCUCCGUUCACAUCUAGAGGAAUGUUUUUCAUUGGUUAUUUCACGCAGACGGUCGGUGAUGUGUCACUCACCGCCACAAACGCUCUUCAUCUUUAUACGAUAGUCGUUUUAAUUUGUCUACGCAGCAGGUGAAGGUUCUGGUAGCUCAUGCUCAUAUUUCUUCAGCUUUAGAUUUUUGGGAUGUGAUGCUUUAAUGAAAUACUGAAUGUCCAAACUGCCCAAAAUCUUUCAUAUUCAUAAAAUGAAAUGCUCUUCAAGCCUUUAAAUGGCACAAUGAUUCUUUGUACCCCUUGAGACUUUACUUUUUUACUUUCAUUUUGAGCGUUUGGUGAUGAUUUGGUUUAUAUUGCAAAUGUAACUAUUGUGACGUGUUGGAUUAGAAUCAUAGUGAAACCUCUUAUGUUCAUAAAUGAGUGAAUCUCAUGAAGAAAAGCAACGUCCAGCUCAUGCUUCACACCAACACUGAAAGAAAAACAUAAGAAGCUAGGUUUUGCAUAAAGAAAAUUGAAGCCUGUUUUUAAAACCAGUAGGAUUUUUUUUGUAUUGUGACAAUUAAAGCACAUUUUCCCUCAAAUU